UGCAAAGGGCGGCGGCGACGGCGGCAGCUCACCUCAACUCGCAGCGCAGCGCUCAGCUCUCCCCUUCCUUCCUUCCUUCCUUCCUUCUCUUCUCACCAACCCCACUCCACUCUACCUCACGUCUUCUUUCGCAGCCAUGGGCGUCCCUGCCCUGUUCCGCUGGCUGUCCAAGAAGUACCCCAAGAUCGUCCAGUCGGUCGAGGAGGAGGAACCUCGCCGUAUCCCAGGACCAAAUGGGACGGAGCAGGAGUUGCCCAUCGAUAUGAGCGGAAAGAACCCCAAUGGCGAGGAGUUCGACUGUCUCUACUUGGAUAUGAACGGUAUUGUGCAUCCUUGUACUCAUCCGGAGGGCAAGCCCGCCCCCGAAACAGAAGAGGAUAUGAUGCUGGAAGUCUUCUCUUACACCGAACGGGUAGUCAACAUGAUCCGCCCUCGCAAGCUCCUCAUGAUGGCCAUAGACGGCGUAGCUCCACGCGCAAAGAUGAACCAACAGCGUUCCCGUCGCUUUCGCUCUGCUAUGGAAGCGAGGGAGAAGGAGGAGGAGAAGCUCGCCGCCUUGGAAGAGUGGAAGAGCAUGGGACUUCCAGUAACGGAUGAUGCUGCGGCGGGUCAGGGGAAGAAAGCGUGGGACUCGAAUGCCAUCACUCCAGGGACGCCGUUUAUGGAUCUACUGGCGGGAAGCCUGCGUUACUGGGUGACGAAGAAGAUGAACGAGGACCCAGGAUGGAAGGAUCUCCAGGUCAUCAUUUCGGACGCUUCUGUUCCCGGGGAGGGAGAGCACAAAAUUAUGGAUCACAUACGUCGACAACGCUCUCAUCCUGAGCAUGACCCAAAUACCAAGCACGUCAUCUACGGUCUAGACGCCGAUCUCAUCAUGCUCAGCCUUGCGACGCAUGAGCCCCACUUUAAGGUCUUGAGGGAAGACGUCUUUGCGCAGGACAACAAGGGGCCCAAAGUCUGCAACAAGUGUGGCAUCGAGGGGCAUAUUGCUGCGAAUUGUAUUGGCAAGCCAAAGGAGAAGCCCUUGGAUCCGGCUUCGGACUCUUCCUGGACGUCUCGACCCUCCGCGAGUACCUCGAAAUAGAGCUCCAAGUCCCCGGCAUCGCCUUUGACCUCGAACGAGCCAUAGACGAUUGGGUCUUCCUCAUCUUCUUCGUUGGAAACGAUUUCCUCCCUCAUCUCCCCUCCCUCGAGAUCCGCGAAGGAGCAAUAGACAUGUUACUCCGCAUAUGGAAACGCGAGCUCCCCCGUGUCGGCUCGUACCUCACCAAGCAUGGGAGCGUGGAGCUCAAGAAUGUUCAGGUCAUCAUGGAGGGGAUUGCUGCUCAAGAGGAU